AGUGCACUUUAGAAACAAAAGUCGGCGUGUGCGGGUCCACUCGCAUUGUUUGUACUUUUUAUGUCUUUCGGCGUCUUUUGUAUUAUCACUCCUAACGUAUUAUUAACUGCACCCUGCUGUCUGAAUGGAGAGUUCGUGGAAACAGAGCAGUACACAUGGAGUUGGCGUGUUCAUUGAGCUGAGGAGAAGACUGCAAAGUGGUCUUCUCAUUGUCGGUAAAGAGGUUGCUGCAAGUCCUGCCGAUGUGGUCGUGAAAGGUGGCGACUCUUCUCUCAUCAUCCAGACUCCCAGAGGCAACAUGAUCGCUUCCCUGCCACCUGGCGUUGUUUUUGAGGAGGGUUCUUGCAUUCCAACACCUGCUGGAGAGUCCCACGGCGAGGAACUGCAUUUCAGGCUGCGCAUCAGCGUCCAUUGUAGCAGAGACAGAGAGACCCUGGACAGUGUGAUGCAGAUGCUCCGGGCCAAAGAGACUUAUUGCUUCUACUGCCAAAACUGCUCGACCAGGCUAGUGGAGGACAGAUCAUUUAAGCGCGUUCUCCCUCUUCCCAAUGGAAACUGGAACGCUCUUGUAGACGACUGGUGUUGCCAUCCGGACCCAUUUGCCAACAAAAAGUUGUUGCCAAGACAGGAAGAUUGCUUAACGGGCGACACCUUCAUCCUCUUGGCCAGGGAUGGAAGCUGUGAUCAGACUUUGGUACAGGAACUGAGUCCUGCAGGAUCGGCAGACAGUCAAGAUCCAAAGAAACCCUGCAGACGCCUGGCAUCCAUCUCCUGCAGAAGCUGCUCAGCAGUGCUGGGAGAGGCAGUGGCUCCAGAAACACUCAGACUGUACAUCACGCAGGUCAUCGUGGAGCCCGCUGUUGGGGACCGAAAGGCUUCCAUUAACAGAUCUGAGUUCUUGGAGCGGACUGUAGCAGUUAGACUGUUGGAGCUGGCCAACUCAUUGAGCACCUUCCACUUCACGGUCCAGACUCCUGAUGGAAAAACCUUCUUACUGCUCUGGCUGUUAAACAGUGACUCCAUCACAGCUUCACUUCCUGAGAACUCUUUCGGGUCCCCAGAGCUUCAACACCAAUCUUCCCAAACAGCCCGGGCCCUGAAAGUGCUACACAUCUCCUGCUCGGAGGCCGACUCCCAACAGCGAGAAAUUAUAAGCAGCUGGGAGGACAAAGCCAUCGGACAUCCUGUGGUGCUGCUACCCGAGGUGUGUGAGGAGCUGCAGCAAGUGAUGGACGACAGCAACAACACACUUCCAGCAUCCAUGCGCCACAUGCGGUCGUACAAGGUGGCGUACCUCAGGUUGGGAUGACCUCAGGGACACUUGAGAAAGACUUGAGAGAGCGCACAUUAGCAGGAGCGCGCGCCUUCUUGACUGCCUGUGGCCCCGGCCCCUGCGCAACCCUGCCAGCUCCAUUUAGGAUCACUCCCGAUGAGGCGAAGACAUUUGAAAACUCAGCUAAUAGGCACAAGCGAGAGGAAGGGUUUCAUUUCCAGAGGAAACUGUCUCCUUGACUCCGCUCCACCUCACAAACACUCGCACAGAUACACCCACCUUUGUAGUGGCUCGCUCCCUCAUUAGCGCGGGAGAGUUUUAGCGCUUGUCUCGGUGAGUAAAUGAGCUCACUCGCCGUGAUAUUCACGCAUCGCAAAACAUUUGCUUUCAAGCUUCAACAGCGUGUCUGGAACCCAAAUAUCCUUAUGUUGUGCUGGGUUUCCGGUGAAUUAUGCAGUUAUUGAAAUUAAAUUGCAGAUAAGGUUUUGGGGGCCCAGCCAAUUACGAGUCCCCACAGGGUUGCACAGGUCUGUUUUGCUGCUGGAGAGACUGGCUGCUACUGUGUGGCUUUGAACAUGUGAAAACACUUAGGAAUUAGAAUUGGAAAGCAGCUAUUCAAGCUCGAUAAUUCUCAAUAUAUCAAACAAUAUGUCAGCAAAAGCUCUGGCAGGCACACUUUAUUAUGAACUCGUGUUCAGCCAACUGCGAUAUGCAUCGAUGAAUCUGAGCCAUUGAAGACAUAUUUGUGCCACCCAAACAGUAAGGUGAAUAUGAUGAAUACUGACCAACAACUCCUGCUUCUUUUUCUUUCGGCUUCUCCCUUCAGGGGUGGCCACGGCGGAUCACCUUCCUCCAUCUCACCCUGUCCUCUGCAUCCGCUUCUCUCAAACCUACAAACCUCAUGUCCUCCUUCACCACCUCCAUAAAUCUCCUCUGCCUGGCAGUUCCAACCUCGACAUCUUCUCUCAGCCUCUCUGACUUUGUCUCCUAAACACCUGGUAUGUGCUGUCCCUGUCCAACAACUAGUGGUGGUUAUUACUGUUACGAAGCCGACACCAGACCAGAAAAUUUUUUUGAUGAAAAAAAUGUCUCAAUAUAAAAACAGAUGUCCAAAACACAUUCCCGCUCCCAAGACGGCGCUGCUGCAGGAGACUCUGCCACUUGCUAAAGCAACAAUCUUAGAUGAAUACAACUGAACUGGAUGGUGUCCAAGACAACUAUGAACAAUAAACAUAUGAACUGAGGGAGGAAGACAAAACUGGACACCUGAACAGUGACCAUGGCGACAUGAAGGCUCAGAAAACAAUUUAUUAUUUGCGUUAUUUUGACUAAGUUUGGACUUUUAACAUGAAAGAGGAAUUUGAAUGUCUUUUAAUUGGACUACACAACCUGGAUAAUGCUGUUUAUAGCUGGACUAUGCCUGCAUGUAGCCGAGUAGCUGGACUAGGACCAGACUAUGACUGGCCUGGCUGUUGCGUAGCUUAAGCAAACGGCGCCACAUAACACAACAUACAACUGAGAAAUCACUUGUGAAACUUGAUACAGCAGUGAUCCUCUGCCUUUGUUGAUGUUGAAACCUGAUAUCAGCUGUGUUGUCACUCGCGAUGAUGCUGAUCUGCAGGUGUUCUCUCGGGUCGUUUUUUUAGAUCUCUCAAAAAGAGUAGAGGACGGGAUUUGUUGGUUUAAGGACAUACAUCACAGCCACGAAAACAUUAGCAUUGUUGCUAAGUUAGCACCACUAUGUGCUAUAGAUACUCCAUGUAUCAUUCUUGCAAUAAAAAGACAACAGAGCCUCACAAAUAAUUCACUUCAUUCAGAGACUUUUACAGUUGAAAAAGAUGGGACCCACAGGAACAGCGUGUCGUCCAUGUUUGUAGUUCUUUGUAGUGCUUCUCGUUCAUUUUAUGUUAACAUGUUGAAGUGUUCUGCGCAGUAGUGCUCGCCUGACUUCAAACAAUUUCUAAAAACUGCGCAGCUGCUUGAGAACUUGAAAUGAUUCGCAGUCUGGUGUAAAUCUUAAGGCGCAGCAACUUGCUCAUCUGACAAUAAUUUUUUUUAGAUCGAACAUGUAGUUUGUCAGCAGCAAGCCUUUGUUGGGACAGUGGUCAUGCAUCUAGCAAAUGUCACCACAAGGACAAGGCUCUAAAGAAGCAGCUGGUUAGCACCGAGUUGCAACAAUGACUAAAAGUAGGAAGUUGUGAGUUCAUAUCUCAGUGACAGUCAGUGUGGGCCUUAGGUGCCACCUGUCACCCCAGUUGCUUCGGCUAAAAUGAUAGACAUUUUUUCACUUGUAUGGCCACAAGAAUUCAUGAGUAACUUAUGUUGAUCCAAGUCAAACGUUCCUUUAUGAAUUCUUCUCAGGCCCUUGAGUUAUAUAUAGAAGGAUGCAGCGGUGAUGUGUGCUCCACUUAAACAAGUUCGAGCUGCUACCUUCCUAAUAGCCAUUGUUUGCUACUGGGUUUUUGCUCAAAUAUGUCUCCUAACAGCUGCUCACAGACUGCGGUGGAAUGAUGAUCCACUUUUUUUCCUCAUCAACAUGUACUAAACCAGCAAUGACAGAACUUUGCUGCAGUUUUGUGGUCAGUCAGGGUCCUUUCAAGACUCAAGUAGAAAACAUCAAGUUACUCACUUAAAAGACAGCAACAUUAAAAUAUGAAGUUCUUGUUCUUGUUGAUACAGAAAGCAUUCUAACCCAUUGUUUCUGUUCCCAGUUUUAAUUUGGAAACAAAAUACA